AAGGAUAAAAAGUAGUUGCAACCCAUCAAAUACACCUUCCUUAAACUUCACACUAUGGGUGCAGACUACUAUGGACUGUUGGGCGUCCCUCGCAACGCCAGCGAAGACGAUAUCAAAAAGGCGUACAAGAAAAUGGCGCUGAAGUGGCAUCCUGACCGUAAUCAAGGAUCCGAAGACGCUUCAAAAAAGUUCAAAGAGAUUUCAGAGGCUUUCGAAGUCCUCAGCGAUAAGAACAAGCGCGCUAUAUAUGAUCAGGUGGGCGAGGAGGGUUUGAAAGGAGGAGCAGGUCCACCACACGGAGCAGGUUUCUCCGGUUUCUCCGGCUUCCCGGGAGGUACUACUUUCACUUUCACAAGCUCAGGCCCGGGCGGUGGGCGUGCGGGUGGAUUCUCUCCAAGUGACCCUCAACGAAUAUUCGAGGAAAUAUUCUCGGGGAGCUUCCCAGGUCUCGGAAGGAUGGGUGGCAUGGGCGGCAUGAGCGGCAUGAGUGGCAUGAGAUCGGCCUUCGAUGAGGAUGAUGAUAUGGGAGCCUCGUUCUUCGGUAGUAUGCCCGGGGGGAUACCACGCUCCUCUACUGGUGCUCAGCGCGCCUCCUCAACUCCAGCGGCUUCUCAACCGUCUGAAAUUGUCCGACCAUUGAAGCUCACACUUGAAGAGCUCUACAAUGGAACCACCAAACACCUCAAGGUCGGUCGGAAACUACAGAAUGGCACCACAGACGAUAAAGUGCUCGCGAUCCACGUUGUCCCCGGCUGGAAGAGCGGAACUAAGGUCCGCUUCCCUCGGGCAGGAAACGAACAACCAGACGGAGAAGCACAAGACCUUGUCUUUGUCGUGGAGGAAAAACCACACCCUGUCUUCACUCGAGACGGAGAUGACCUAAUAUGUCACCUGAAGAUACCCCUAGUAGAUGCACUGACCGCCGACAUCGUGAAACGAUCGGUAGAGCAACUGGACGGGCGGAAGCUUCAGGUCACAGCACCACCUGGAAUCCUAAAACCGGGCACAGAGACAAGAGUGCCCAAUGAAGGGAUGAUGGUACGAAAGGCAGGAAGUACAAAGAGGAAGGGGGAUUUGAUUGUUCGAUGGGACAUCACUUUCCCUGUUCGGUUAACGACAGCACAGAAGGAAGGUAUCCGCAAGAUUCUGGAUUCAUCCACCUGAUUUGUGCUGGAGAACGUUGGACCCAUUUAGUGUACGACAGCAUUGUACCUCGAUUUAAUGUGCACGUGUAGCAACAUUUCCAUGCAUUGCUCUUGAAAUGACCCAUUGUAUCAUACACACAGGCACCAGUCGUCCUUGCAAAUAUCCAUUGCACUAUAAUUAAUCAUACACCGAGGAAUAGAAUUAACU